AUGGCUGGUCUUAGCUAGCUUCUCAUUGAACUCGUAAACAUUAUUUUUAAGUUUAGAAUAUCGAAUAUCUUUAUCUACAGUGCAUUGACUCCAAUUUGGUCAUCUGUUGCCAUCUAUUAUAACGUAACAGAUUAUGAUUUAAACUGGUUUCCUAACAUGUACUUCAUAUCAUUAUUUACAACCACUUUUGGUUUCAACCCAUUUAUUUUAAAAUACUUUGGUCAAUCACAAAUUUUUAGUUGUAUUCUCACAACCUCAGCACUUUGGUUAUUAUUGAUAUCGGGAAACGAUUUCUCAAUGGGAUUGCUCUGCUUUGCACUCUUAGGAUUGGGAGAAUCUCUUUAUUACUAGGUGCCACUACGUAAACAAGAAAAUAAAUUUAUUGUAGAUUUAUCGAAAAUAUGGUUCCCCCACGAAGAGCGAGCUCUUUCGACAUUUAUAGGGUCGUAUGCAAGUAAUAUAGGUAUGUUGCUAAGCACGAUCGUUUCAUUUUACUAUUUUUAUGAAGUGGUAGAUGAAAAUGAAUUUCAAACUAAGUAUUAAAAUUUAAUAUUUGCAACAGCAAUAUUUGCUUCAAUUGUUUUGGUGUGCAAUCUAAUUACUCUAAAAAAACCAAUUAAUCAGAAAGACUCUAUUUAAAUAAGGGAUUCUCUUUGGGUAUCAAUUAAAAAGAUUUGCACUGCUGAAGAAGCUAUCUUCGACCUCCUCUCUUUUUCAGUUUUCAUUGGAGUAGGUUGGAGUUACUCAGCUCUGUUUAAUAUCUAACAGUACAACAUUGGAUAUACAGCGUUAGAGUUAUUUGAAACCAAUCUUUGGUAUUAGAUUGGUGGAAUCUUAAUUGCAGCUUUAUAUACUUGGAAAUUGCACUCUUAAUCACAACACGGUCUGCAGCAAAGCUAUGACAAAUACAUGAAAUAAAUAGUCUCAAUAGGGUUUUGGGCACUUGCAAUAGAGAUUAUCAUUUUUGACUAUGUUCCUUUCUGGAUCCUUUAGAUUCUUAAUUUUUUAGUCGGUUGCGGUUUUGGUGGAUAUUAUUCAAUAUUACUUGAAUCACUUUAGGAGAAACAUUUUCCUGCAUAAGAAUUAGCCAUUGGAAGUGUACUUAGUGCAGCAUCAUGUGUAAGGCUUUUUAAUAUAAUCAAGACGGCUUCAAUAUUAGUGAUAAUGAUCUUAGGGUUGCCAGAAUUUUAGAGAUAUGGAUUUUAAAUCUCAUGUUACUUAUUAAUUAUGCCAUUUUGCUUUAUUAUAGUAUUUUAUAAAACACAGUUCAAAAGAUUUGAAUAAGAGGCUUGA